CGCACAGGUAAGAGGGUAUGGCACUUCCUACCAUCCACAGCUGAGAGGUUGGGUCGAGGCUGGAAUUCCUGCCGAGGUCAACUUCUGCCAGGCUCUCGAUUCACCGCCCACUCUCCGUUCUCUUGCCUGUUUCAGUUCCCCGACUGCCUAGGUGAGCAAUGUGCUGAGCAGCAGACUACGAGAAUGACGACACCCAGUGAGCUCAUUAGGGUCCCUACCAUCACCACGCCCUCCGAUGACGACAGCGAAGAAGAAGUGACGGAAACAAAGAUAAUCGGAGUCACAGAAACUGGCGUCAUUCGUAAACGUAGCUUUAAGCGUAAGUUGACAAAAGAAGAGAAAUCCAAACGAAAAUUUGGCGCCGACAAACAGGAAUAUGAGAAGAUAACCCAGCGGAUAAUGUCGGAAAGAUUUUUCACCUCCGCCAUCGAAGGCCUGCAAGAACGGCUGAAGAUGCUGGGUCUGAUGCACACCGACUGUCUAGACAUGCUCGGCCAAUGGGAGACCACUCACAAACGACGGAUAUACGCCAGUAGACACAAACGGGACACCGACAGUGCUAUUGCCACGUUUAUUGUCUCAUUGAUUCUUGUCUGCAUCUGUUGGCUAUUAAAACGAUAUAUUUGGUAACC